AUGGUCUUUCGACUAUCACAUACCUGGUUUGGAAGAUAUAUUCAUUCAAACGCUAGUUGCUGGGUCAGAGCAAUGGAGGGAACCGUAGCAAAUCCGACAUAUCAUGAUGCCAUUCAAAGGCUGAACUCGACCCAGACUGGAUUCAAAGUACUGGAAGAGAGGAGGCGAUUAGCACAGAAGCUGGACUCCUCUGGUAUUGAACAGAUGCGUCAAUGGCUUCGGCAUACGAAAGCCCUGGACCGCCUAAAUAUCGUCCAUGUGGCUGGGACCAAGGGAAAGGGGUCAACCUGUGCCUUUGUCAACUCCAUUCUCGAACAGUACCGUGCAACAACAGGGGCCCCGGAAAAGGUUGGAAUGUACACAUCUCCCCAUCUUGUGGCUGUACGUGAGAGGAUCCAGAUCAACUCGAAACCCGUAUCCGAGGAGCUUUUCACCAAGUACUUCUUUGAAGUAUGGAACGCUCUUGAGUCGUCAGCAGUGAGGGAGGGCCUCGACCCAGCAAUGAAACCCUCAUACUUCCGGUUUCUGACGCUGAUGUCCUUCCAUUUAUUCCUGAGGGAAGAGGUGACCGUUGCCAUUUAUGAGGUUGGAGUCGGUGGUGAGCUGGAUUCAACAAACAUCAUAGAACAACCCGGAGUAACUGGAAUAACCUCGCUUGGGAUUGACCAUGUUGCGACGCUCGGCCACACUAUCGACAAGAUUUCCUGGCACAAAGCAGGUAUCAUGAAGACCGGAUGCCCAGCAUUCACCGUGACCCAGGCCCCUGAGGCCAUGUCUGUCCUUAAGAAGAGAGCGCAGGAGAAAGGAGUCACGCUAGGCCUUGCCGAAAUAAUACCUGCUCUUCGACAAGUAGAUAUCAAACCAGCUGAAGACUUUCAGCUGCAAAACGCAUCUCUUGCCGUGAUCCUGGCUUCUGAGAUACUCCGAAAGCUCAACAUUGCGCCGGGUAUCGACUUGGAGAACCUCCCAGUACAGGUUGUCGAAGGGCUCCAGAGAACGGUAUGGAAAGGACGAUGCCAACUCAUAGACCGCAACAAUCAGCAGUGGCAUCUUGACGGUGCGCACACGCACGAGAGUCUGCAGGUUGCCAGCUCCUGGUUUGGCCGUCUUUGCCAGAACACGGCCGAGCCGCGAAUUCUCAUCUUCAACCAGCAGUCCCAACUCCGGGAUGUUGAUGGGCUCCUUAGCACAGUGCAUGACGUCGUAUACAACCGGAUGGGUUUAAAUUUUCAGCAUGUUAUGUUCUGUACAAACAUCACAUACAAAAGUAACGAGUAUAAAGUUGCAGAUAUGUUUGCAGAUUUUGUAGAUAAGAACGUUGACCCUGAGGAUCUAAAAAGCCUCGUCUUCCAGAAGAAGAUGGCAGACUGCUGGAGCAAGCUUGACCCAGCUUCUCAGGUCUCUGUGCUGCCGUCUCUUCAAGAGGCCGUCGAGCUGGUUGACCAAAUCGACAGCAGCACAAAGGGAACAAAGAUCUUCGUAUGCGGGAGCUUCCGGCUGGUUGGUGGGAUGCUCUCGCUCCUGGACCAGCAAGUCUCGGAUGUACGGUGA